UUCCCACGCACACAUGUCAUUAGUUUGUUGUCAAAAAGUUUCCAUUUCCCAACAAAAGGCAAUUUUGCAGUUUUAAUUCUUCUUUCGGGACUGGGAGAACUGUAAAUUGCAUCCCAGGAGGAAGUUUAGUUGCGAUGGCGGAAUCCCUCGAUGUGAGCACGCCAAUUGAGGGCGAAGAAAAGGAUAAAUUGCUGCAGUCUCAGUCUACCCUUUCGGAUAACAUUGACUGCCCCAUUUGUCUUCAGUCGUGCAUCCACCCCACACGUCUCCCAUGUGGACACAUCUUUUGCUUCCUCUGCGUCAAGGGGGUGGCCAGUAAGAAUCGCAGAUGCGCCCUGUGUCGUCGUGACAUCCCAGCUGAAUGCCUCGAACAUCCGGAACUGGUGCGGGGUGUUCAGGAUCUCAGUACGAGUGCUGGCAGUGAAAUCCGAUGGUUCUACGAAGGCAGAAAUGGCUGGUGGCAGUACGAUGUGCGCACAAGUCAGGAGAUUGAGGAAGCCUACGCACGGAAGGAGAAGACGUGCACAAUCCUCGUGGCUGGCUACCUGUACUGCGUGGAUUUUGAAUCAAUGAUCCAAAUACGUCAGGAUGACCCAUCCAGGCGCCGCCGGGUGAAGCGUGAUUUAGCUUCGGUGCCCAAGAAGGGUGUCGCGGGGCUUCGAAUAGAUAGCAAUAAUGUCGUCGUGACGGACGCCACGCCGACCACGUCGGAGAUCACAACAAGUGAACCAGUUCCUAUUUCCGCCAAUCCCAACCCGGCGUCAUCGCACACUGCCACCGAUGCUGCCCUCCGGAUUGCUUCGCAUCUCCUCGAUUCCAUGCUCACGCAAUCCGAUGACUACCAAUCGUCCGAUGAGACAAGCCGCGACAUCAGUCAGGAGAUCUUCGACGACUCCGGAGAUCUCCUCGAGGGCAUUCGGAAUCUCACUCUGCGCAACUUCGGUGAAGAAUCCAGCGAUACAGACAGUGAUCUUGAGAUUGGUCACUGAAUGGGGUCCAUCAUCGGCUUGCCACAGGCUCGUCCCAUCUAAAGAGGCUCUCGUGUCUUUUGCUGUAAAAAAAUGAAUUUUUGCUUUCCUUGAUGAAGAAAAAAAAAACGUGCAUGAGGGGGUGUUUGUCCAUUAAAAAAAAGAAAAAAAAAACAGUAGUAACUUGAAGUUUGUACAGUUUUCUUCCCGGAACGGUUUGAUAUGUUCCCGGAAAGUGCCAUAAGUGGUUGGAAGUUGUGCAGUGAUCCUCCCCAUUGCAUCAGGAAGUUUCUAAGGGAUUUUAGGAACUUCUUUUUUAACACCCGGCUAAUCCUUGAUGCCAUUUUCAGGACAAAAUCUGAGUUUAUAAAAAUGCUUCACGCAAUUCCAAAGGGGAUUUUCUAAAUGGACAGAUUUGGACCCAAAGAUGAAAUGAAAGAUCAGCCGGGUGUUGAAAAGAAGGUUCAGAAGAUCCCUUAAAAACUUUCUGAUGCAAUGGGCAGGAUGAAUGUACAACUUCCAUCCACUUAUGGCACUUUCCGGGAAGUACAUCCAACCGUUCCGGAUAGAAAAGUGUACCAACUUCCAGUUGCUAAAAACGGUUAUAUUUAAAAAAUAUUUAUAAAUUAAUUCCAUUCGCGGCGCUGCGAGCUUUUUGGGGAGGGGGGAGAACUUUUCGAAUUUUGAGCAUAUUUUCAAAGGAUUAAAAGAAAAUUUUACAUAAAAUCAUAAUCGAUUCAAAAAAAAAACUGUUGUCUAAAAAGGCUGUACUUUUUGUUAUAUUUGGGGUGCAAGUUCGCAAUAUAUAUUUGUAAUUUGUUUGAUUGAUAAGUUAUUGUGAUAAAAAUAGUGUGUUGGAAAAUAUUCACCUCAGCAAUUCUCCGUUCAUUACGUGUGAAGGUGUUGAGGACAAAGGGCGAAAUUUGUGUGUGAAUGGUGAAUAAAUUCCAUUCAGUGUACUUCUGCAUCUUCAAA